AUGGUUUCCGUGUUGUGGGUGGCUGUGCUAGUGACCGUUGUCGUCCCUACGGGUAGCAUCCCCGUGAAAUAUUCCUCAACGGAAGAGUAUAAGAAAGCCCGGCAGCAGUUGAUAGAGUCCGAGCAGUGCUUGAGAGUAGGUGCGGGUGUGGCUCUUACUGACAAGGAGAAGAUACUCAACCAGUUUAUUCUGAAGGAAAAACGAGCAAUGAUGAACAGCAGUCGGCUAAACAGAACAGGCUAUAUACCAGCUGUGAGCUUCUUCCUGUCAAAGUCCACGAUCGAGUCAACUCCAAUAUUUAAGAUCAUCAAGCAAAUGCCAAAAGGUGCGGCCUUGCAUCUGCACGACUUGGCCAUUGCAAGCAUUGACUGGAUUGUGUCCAACGCCACCUACCGGGAUAACGUGUACAUGUGUAUAGACGUUGACAACUUCGUCCUUCUCAACGUCUUUCUGAAUCCUCCUGUAAACACCAGUUGCGUAUGGAAGCUGGUAAAGACAGAGAGGAGCAACUGGGGCAACAGAACAGACUUCGAUCUCUGGCUAAAGAAAAACAUCAGCCUCCUAACGACUGACCCACUAGUGACCUACCCCAGCGUGGACAAAGUCUGGGACAGGUUCAACAAGUAUUUCCUUCAGGUCAUUUCUAUUCUGUCGCACGCGCCCAUCAUGAGGGAUUACUAUAGACAAGCUCUGGAGGAGUUUUACAACGACAAUGUCCAGUAUAUUGAACUGAGGAGUCAGAUGGCAGGCUACUAUGAGCUGAACGGAACAACCCACGAUGCCGAAUAUGGACUCCAACUAUACAAAGAGGUGACAGAAGAGUUCCUCAAAACCCAUAGCAACUUCACUGGAGCCAAGAUCAUCAUGUCUAGUCUGAGAUCCACAGCCGUCACAAACAUUGGCGCUGAUGUGCAAACAUCCGUAAACCUCUACAAAAAAUAUCCCGGAUUUUUCCUAGGAUUCGACCUUGUGGGACAGGAGGAUCCCAACCCUACUCUGUUGGACUUUAUCGACGUGCUGUUGGCACCAUCUCAGCAGAACCCGCCGGUUUCUUUGCCUUACUACUUCCAUGCCGCAGAGACCGCCUGGCAGGGCACAAGCGUUGACUACAACCUGGUGGACGCUUUGCUACUCAACACCAAUCGCAUUGGGCACGGGUUUGGGCUGACCAAACAUCCCAAGCUGAUUGAGCUGGUCAAGUCCAAGAAUGUGGCUAUUGAAGUCAACCCUUUGUCAAAUCAGCUACUGGGCUUGGUCAAAGAUCUGAGAAACCACGCCGCGGCGCCACUGCUGGCCCAGAACGUCCCAGUGGUCAUCAGUUCGGACGAUCCAGCCACCUGGGAAGCUCUGCCCAUGUCACAUGACAUGUACGUGGCGUUCAUGGACCUGGUGGGUGAAGAUGCGGGACUCGACGUUCUCAAACAGUUGGUCUGGAAUUCGAUAGAACACAGUUCAUUGAAUGCUACAGAGAAAACUGCUACCUUGAACCUCCUGCAGAGGAAAUGGGACACGUUCAUCGACGAAUCGAUCGUCACAUGGAAGCUCACGAACGACAAAGUUGUCGAUACCGCAGUCAGACAGUGUCCCAGUCCACAAACGCCCACGACCAGCCCCACGACCAGCCCCACGACCAGCCCCACGACCAAGGGAAACAAUGCUCCCGUUGAAAGUCACAGCAUCGUCUCAGUGAUCAUCUCCCUUUAUGCUCUGUUUAUACAUAGUCGAGUGCUAUUUUAA